AUGAAGUUCUCCUCUGUGGCACUCGCUGGUGCAACUAUGGGCCUUGCCUACGCCACUCCUCUUACUGAGCGCGCAGACAUCACUGAUGCCGAUGUCCUGAACUACGCCCUGACCCUAGAGCACCUCGAAGCUGCCUUCUAUCAAGAGGGUCUCAAAAAUUACACCCAUGCCGACUUCCAGAAGGCUGGUAUGCAGGAUCCUUUCUAUGUGAACUUGAAGGAGACUGCCAGCGAUGAGCAGCAGCACGUUCAGUUCCUGACCAAGGCUCUCAAAGCCGCCGGCGCCAAGCCCGUCGAGGCCUGUACCUAUACUUUCCCUGCCACCGAUGUCAACACAUUCCUUGCACUCGGUAAUAUCCUUGAGGGUGUCGGUGUCAGCGCCUACCUGGGUGCUGCCGCCAGCAUCAUGGACAAGACCUAUCUCACUGCAGCCGGCAGUAUCCUGACUACCGAAGCCCGCCACAGUGCUUAUCUGCGCGCUGCCCUUGGUGAGGCUCCCGCUGCUCAGGCCUUCGACAACCCCCUCGAUUUUGACGAGGUUUAUACCCUUGCUUCCAUGUUCAUUGUAUCUUGUCCUGAGAGCAAUGGCAAGCUUCCUGUCAAGGCCUUCCCUGCAUUAACUAUGCCCUCUAUGGCCCCCGCCACAACCGGCUCGAAGGUUGAGCUGAUGGCCGCUGGUGGUGUGUCUAUGGACACUAAGGAUGUCUACGCCGCUUUUAUCACCGUCACUGGUCCUGUUUGGGCCCCUCUCGAUUCUACUGGGGAUGAAAAAUUCGAGGUCACCAUCCCAGAGGGCGUUGCUGGCCAGAGCUACGUGGUUCUGACCAAGGGCAAUAAGAAUGCUUCGGAUGACAACAUUCUUGCUGGCCCUGCUAUUAUUGAGGUUGGGAAGCCCAAUGGACCUAUAGGAGUGGGCUCUCAGUGCAGUGGCCGCAGCUCUGGCCCUAUGGCCUCUAAGCCCUCCAUGUCGGCCUGGUCGUCUAUGGCAAUGCCGAUGCCCACUGCGUCUAUGACCAUGUCCUCGGGAUCUAUGCCCUCUAUGUCCGUGUCCGCCUCUGCCUCAUCUACCCCCGUCUUUAAUGGCGCAAAUGGAAAGAGCGUCAGCGGCUUUGCCAGUUUUAUGGGAGCUCUGGCUGCUGUCGCUGCCUUUUUGCAGUAA